UGCCACACGUCCACUCAUCAACACACCAACCCUGUCACAUUUUAGUAAAUUAUAAGCCUAGAAGGCUACAUCAGCAACAACAACACUUGCCACAAUAUGUCGACGGUAAAGAUAACACCAUUGCCUGCUUCACUUACGACAACUAUCAAACACCUUUCGUGCAUUCAACGUCCUCCAUUCCAAACCACCAUUUUUACCAAUAAUUCCAUCAAGUUUAGAGGACCCAAAAGAGCUUUCACUGUAUCAAUGGCUUUAGUUUAUACCCCUUUUGAAAUUUGUGUCAAACAAUCAAUUACAACACCCAAUAAGCUUGGUGACUGCCCAUUCACACAGAGGGUUUUGCUUACCUUGGAGGAAAAGCACCUACCAUAUGAAAUGAAGUAUGUUGAUUUGAGAAACAAGCCUGACUGGUUUUUGAAGAUAAGCCCUGAAGGUAAAGUUCCACUUAUUAAGCUUGACGAAAAAUGGGUUCCGGAUUCAGAUGUCAUCACACAGGCACUGGAGGAGAAGUUUCCUGAACCUCCACUGACAACACCUCCUGAGAAGGCAUCCGUUGGAUCAAAGAUCUUCCCAAAGUUUGUUGCUUUUGUGAAAAGCAAAGACCCCAGUGAUGGAACAGAGCAGGCUUUACUUGAUGAGUUGACAGCUUUCAAUGAUUACCUCAAAGAAAAUGGACCAUUUAUCAACGGAAACGAUGUAUCUGCCGCUGAUUUGUCGCUUGGACCAAAGCUAUAUCAUUUAGAAAUAGCUUUGGGGUACUAUAAGAAUUGGUCUGUUCCAGAUUCAUUUCCCUACGUGAAAUCGUACAUGAAGAAUAUAUUCUCCAGGGAAUCAUUCGUCAACACGCGGGCACUAAAAGAGGACGUCAUUGAAGGUUGGCGACCAAAAGUCAUGGGUUAGGCAGACUAUAUCAUCAUCUUUUACACUUUUGAGGAUUAGGUUUUUAGUCGGUAAGGUAUAGGAAGCUAGCAUUUGGACGUCUCUGUGACUGUUCUUUGCCAUGUAUAUUUUGAUUAACACAUACUCGUCCUUUUAUUUGACUGAAUAUAUAUGUGAUGCUUUCGUGCAUGCAAAAA